AUGGAGCAAAAUAUUGAGAGGUCUUCAAAUGCAAACAGGGGUUUCAGAGUUCAAGCUCCACUAGUUGAUUCUGUAUCAUGCUAUUGCAAGGUCGAAUCAGGCCUGAAAACAGUUGCUGGAGCAAGAAAAUUUGUCCCAGGAUCAAAACUUUGUAUCCAGCAUGAUAUUAAUCCUCGAGCACACAAAACAAGAAGUUACCGUAGGGAGAGGAGAGUGCAGCCACCUCUUCUGCCUGGACUUCCCGAUGAUCUUGCAAUUGCUUGUCUAAUCCGAGUCCCUCGUGUUGAACAUAAUAAGCUUCGUCUAGUUUGCAAGAGAUGGUACAACUUGCUUUCCAGGAACUUUUUUUAUUCUCUCCGAAAAAGUCUCGGUAUGGCCGAAGAGUGGGUGUACGUUAUAAAAAGAGAUCGCGAUGGGCGGAUUUCAUGGCAUGCCUUUGACCCAAUCUACCAAUUGUGGCAGCCACUCCCACCCGUUCCCCUGGAAUACAGUUCGGCCAUUGGAUUUGGUUGUGCUGUCCUUAGCGGUUGCCACCUCUACUUAUUUGGAGGGAAAGAUCCAUUAAAGGGAUCUAUGAGACGGGUAAUAUUUUACAGCGCUCGAACAAAUAAAUGGCACAGGGCACCGGACAUGCUUCGUAAACGGCAUUUCUCUGGUUCUUGUGUCAUUAAUAACUGUCUUUAUGUAGCCGGGGGAGAAUGUGAUGGGAUCCAUAGAACUCUUCGUUCAGUUGAAGUUUACGAUCCCAAUAGAAAUCGCUGGAGUUUUGUAGCUGACAUGAGUACGGGUAUGGUGCCAUUUAUUGGCGUCAUGUACGAUGGGAAGUGGUACUUAAAAGGACUUGGAGCCCACCGGGAGGUAUUGAGCGAAGCCUAUAUUCCGGAAACCAAUAUAUGGACUCCGAUCAAUGAUGGAAUGAUUGCUGGGUGGCGCAACCCGAGUAUCUCUUUGAAUGGAAAGCUUUAUGCUCUUGACUGCCGGGACGGGUGUAAGCUUCGAGUAUAUGAUGAAGCAACGAAGUCUUGGAAUAGAUUUAUCGAUAGCAAGCUUCACCUUGGCAACUCGCUUUCUUUGGAGGCUGCUGCUCUUGUUCCUCUUAAUGGGCAUGCUCGGAGUCUUUUCACAAAUUUAUGGUCGAGUAUCGCUGGACGAAGUGGGUUGAAGAGUCACAUUGUGCACUGUCAGGUUCUUCUAGCAUGA